AUGGCAGGCUUUGGAGUCAUCUUCGUCUCGCUCUGUCUGAUAUUUUCCAUCAUUCCCCUAGCCACGGUUCUGCCUAACUACAAAUCCACUCUCCCUUGGGCCUCCACCAAUGAUGGCCAAGGCUCUCUGGAUGUGCGACGGAGAGAGGAUUUGCAUAUGAGGCAGGAGGUUUGUAGGAUGGAAUUCCCACGCUUCUAUCCGCAACUUGCUGCUAAUGAAAUAGCUUGGAAGAAGAAGGGAGGCAUUGGAUAUCAUCAUGUACAAAGUGCUGCGAGCAGUUGUAGGCAUGGGUGUGUGCAUGUGCUUAUCAAGCACGGACAGGUAUUUAUUCGCCAACAGGCCAAGGACUGGCAGAGCAGGGUAAGGUCGGUGUUGCAGUUGCUGACUGAUGCCUACAAAGGGGCGGGCGAGGAGGAGAGGUCGAUGAUGGAAGGGAUAGAGUUGGUGAUUAGUACUGCUGACUUUGAUGGAUUCACAGAUCCCAUCGGCAGUCAAGGAGCUGGCUGGGUGUUGGAUAAAAAGGUCAACGAGACUGAUGGCCAAUAUCUGUUCCCAGAUUUCAGCUUUGCCUCUUGGCCCGAAGCGGGAAUCGCCUCGUACCCAGAAUUCAGGAGGGCAGCAGAGCAAGUCAACGCAGAAACCCCCUGGAGAAGCAAAGCCAACAAAGCAUUCUGGCGUGGCGAUGCUCUGCUCAACAGCGCAAUCCAAGCCAGAAAUAGCCUCCUAUCCGUCGCCACAGGCCCUGGGACAGAAGAAUGGUCAGAUGUCAAACGAACAAGCUUCUGGGAACAAGGCCCAGGAAUAGACAAGAUCGUUUCUGCCCCCGAACACUGCCGGCAUAGAUUCCUGAUCCAUUCGGAAGGUGUAGCUUAUUCCGGUAGAAGCAAGUUCAUCCUCGGCUGCCAUAGCACCGUGAUAACGCACGAGCUCGAGUGGGAACAACAUUUCCAUCCGGCCUUGAUCUCUUCUCCUUCUUCCCCAGAUCAGAAUCACAUCCAACUCCCCGGGACCUACUUUGAAAACCUUGCGCAGACAAUGCAGAACCUUAUUCGAGAGGAGAUCGAUGCAGAAGGUGCCAUUCUAAGCCGCAUGGCUACUACCGGGGAAAAGAUCGCAAAGAAUGCCAAGAGGACGCUAACGGAUAGAUAUCUGACGCCCGCUGCGACGGCGUGCUACGUGAGAGCGGCGUUGAUGAGCUACGGGAGGAUGAUGGAUAGCCGUAGCUGGCCAGGAGGGCAGGCAGCCGAGCUGAGGGAGGGGGGUGGGGUGAAACCGGGUGCGGGGACAGAUAAGGCGACCCUGAAGGAUUUGGGUGUCAAGGGUGAUGUCGAGUAUGGCGUCUGGUGUAAUUUGGGUCAGCCUGAAUGGCCGCCGCAGUAA